UGUAUGAAAGUCGCAUGUCGGUGAAUACUAUAAAGUCUAUCAUGUGUCGAUACAUUUGUUUCACAUGGCCAUUUUCAUUUCAAAUUAAGUGAUGGAGUUCUUAUGUGUAUUUGUUAAUCUGAUUGUAUUGGCUUCCACACAAACUGUAAAUCCUGGUCUUAGAUUAAGAAUAACUCAAGAUGGAUUACAUUACGCGAAUAAGGUGGCUGUAGAUACUUUUGCUAAAGAUAUAAAGCGCACAAGACUAGAAGAUAUCACUGGAAACGUAAAAGGCGUCCAAUACAGUCUUACAAAUUUGAUAGUAAAUGACUUUAAAGCACCAAAAAGCGCAAUAACAUUAGCGUCAGAUAGUGAUGUCGAAUGGAGAGCCACUAAACUUGGAUUAGAAAUUGAUGGAACUUUCAGAUAUAUAUUCCUUUUUAUCAAAGGAAGGGGCGAUUUCACAGUUAAAGCGUCAGACCUCUCAUUUGCUGUUGGAAUUCAAAUCGGGGUGGAUACCAAUGGAAAGCCAACUAUUAAAACAACGUCAUGUGACUGUAAAAUUGGUCCACUUCAAAUCAAAUUCAAAGGCAAAAGAGCAUGGAUUUACAACAUAUUAACAUCAUUAGCUUCAAACGCUAUUGCAACAAUGUUACAGAAAAAAGUGUGCGAAAAAGUAAAAGACGUCCUAGACAAGAAGGCAGAAGAGGAACUGUGUUCAUUUCAAGCUGAGGUACAGUUGGGAGAACAUUUGACUCUAGAUUACAGACUACUAUCAGCUCCUCAUAUAACAUCAGAAUAUAUCGAAGGGGAUUUCAAAGGAGAGGUAUUCUGGACAAUGAACCGGACAGAAGCACCAUUCGCCCCGUCUCAAAUGGCUACCAUCACGGACAAUAAGAAGAUGGUUUACCUUACAGUAUCCGACUAUAUUUUCAACUCUUUAGGAUACCAAGCACAUGCGCAUGGGCUGUUGAUGUAUAAUCUAACGUCUCAAAAAAUGAGAGGGGAUGGCGAUCUACUCAACACCACAUGUGCUGAUACCUGUAUCGGAAAACUUAUUCCACAGAUAGGACAGUUAUACCCAAACAGUCAAGUGGAAAUACAUCUACAGAGCACUGACUGGCCUCGAGUCUUCUUUACUGAAAAAGCUGUACAAAUUCUGAGUAAAAGCAAUGUUACAUUUUCUGCAAGAAAACCAGACAACACCCUUCACUUUAUGUUUCGAAUUCAUGCGGUAACGAUGGCUUCAGUAAAAGUUAAACUGAAUGGUGAUGCUUUAUCUGGAACAAUCGACUACAUGAAGGUCGAGACAAAUGUGACAAACUCGUUAAUAGGAGAUAUUGAUGAGGCAACAUUACAGAUUCUAGUCGAUGAUGCUGUAAAGAAAGUUAUCAAGCCAAUGAUAAACGAUUAUCUGAAAAAUGUAGGGAUCCGAUUGCCAACUACGGACAAUUUACAGUUCAAAGAUGCAAAGAUUGAACUUCUUACGAACACAAUCCUAAUUGAAACAAACGUAAAGAUCACUCCAAAUACCAAAAAGAUGAAAUCGACAGUUCUUAAGUACAAACCCAUGGUUGGCAGACAAGAUAUAAAAAACAGGUUCCGUCUGUGAUACAUGUUUUGUCAGUGAUACAUGUUUUAUGUCACAUAUACGUAAAACAAAAACUAUUUAUUCGUCUACAAUGUUUCAAAUAAAUUUUUGAUAA